AAUAUGCCAGCCACACACACUGACAGUCUGACAGACUUGACCAUCAUUUCCCUGCAUAUUUUUGUACUGUAGCUCCUCAACCCAACCACCACUCCACCACCAGCUCCCAUGGAUGAUGGAUCUAUCUCCAGAGCAUUCCAUAUAUAUAAGCUUUAGCUCAUUAAUUCCCAUUCCUUCCCUGGAUAGAUCGAUAGAUCCAUAGAGGAGCUGAACAUCAUCACAAACAACUGGCCAAAAACCCAUCUACCCGGCCGGCCACCAUGGCUGCUGUCAAUAACAAGCAGGCCACCUCCGCGGCGGCGCUAGUCUUCCUCGGCGUGUUGGUCGCCGUCCUGGCCGCAGAGGACGCCGGCACGACGCACCUGACCUUCUUCAUGCACGACAUCGUGUCGGGCAGCAGCCCGACGGCGGUGCAGGUGAUCAAGGGCCCCGGCGGGUCGGCGACGGCCGCGACGCUGGGCAUGUCCUUCGGCGACACCCUGGUGAUGGACGACCCGCUGACGGAGACCUCGUCGCCGACGUCGGCGGCGCUGGGGCGGAUGCAGGGCUUCUACCUGGUGUCGGCGCAGUCGGGCCUGGUGCUGACGGUGUGCGGCAACCUGCUGCUGACCUCGGGGGACCACAACGGCAGCACCAUCGCCGUGCUGGGGCGCGACGACACGGGCGCCGACGUGCGGGAGCUCGCCGUCGUGGGCGGCACCGGCAAGUUCAGGAUGGCCACCGGCUACGUGCUGUGGAAGACGUCCAGCGCCAAGGGCGCCGACGCCACCCUCCAGCUGGACGUGUACCUCACCACCUCGGGCAACGCCACCACCAUCGACGCCGGGGCGCCCGUCUCGCCCGCUGGCGGCGGCUCCUCUGCAGGGUCGUCCUCCGGGUCCAAGUCGAGCUCGGGUGCUGCUGCGAGGGCCGCCGGCGGGUGGGUCGCCGUGGUGGUUGCGGCGGUUGUUGGAUCGUCCUGGCUUUGGUGACCGGAUUAACGACGAGUGGUGGACAUUGGAUGCGUUAGUUGGUGAGUGUGUGGAAAGUUGGGUGAGAUGUCGGUCGGUGGGGUUUGCUUCGGUGUGGUGGAUCGAGCUGAGGACGGAGAUGCUUGCUUGCACGCUGCAUCAUGGCCUCAUGGCAUGGGUGUAGGCCUCAUUUCUUUUCCCCUACCCUACUACUACCCCACCACGAUGCAUGUGGAUUCUUCUUGCUUUCUGCUGAUGAGGCUUUCUUUCUUUGCUUGUCAUACAUGCAAACAUCAUGGAUAAUAUUGUUCAUCACGGAUGUUAGUUUUA